AUGAGACCGUAUUCUCUCAUCCGGUACGCUUUAGCGGCGACAUUUCUUUCUUUCGCAUCUGCAGCAUCCACAGCGUCGACUUGCUUUUCGGCCAACAAGAUAGCGGCUCAGUUGGGCCCCAUGCUGUCUGCUGAUGCUGAGAUUUACAUCCCGAACCAAGCAGACUUUCUCGAUGCAAGUCUGAGGUGGUCCAAGUUUGCUGCUCCAUCGUAUGCGGCAUACGUUAAAGUGGCUAGCGAAGAGGAUAUUCAGGCAAUUGUUCGAUAUGCCAACAAGAAGGACAUCCCUUUCCUGGCUGUCUCUGGAGGCCAUGGUUGGACGUCACAACUGCAAAGAAUGCAACAUGGUAUUGGAAUAUCUACUCAGAAGCUCAACACCAUGAAGUUAUCAAAAGAUGGCAAGACAGUCAGUCUCGGCGGAGGAGUUAAGAGCGGGCAGGUUGAAAGGUUUCUUUCUGCCCAAGGCAAACGUUCAGUGACCGGUGUCUGCGAGUGCACAGGCCUCAUGGGUGUUGCACUUGGAGGCGGCCAUGGCACCCUACAAGGACACUACGGCCUGCUUGCUGACCAGAUUGUCGCUGCUCGCGUUGUGCUAGCUAACGGGAAAGUUGUCACUGUCUCCAAAAAGAAGAAUUCUGAUCUCUUCUGGGCUCUCCGAGGAGCCGGCCACAACUUUGGGAUUGUUACAGAAGUCACUUACAAGGUGUACGACGCUCCUGCUGAAGACAACUGGCUUGUCAAGACCUUCAUCUACCUCCCUGAUCAGAUCGGAGCUUUCUAUGAAAUUGCGAACAAAGCCAUCGCAAACGGGUAUGGCCCAGUACUACUCUUUCUCAUGGUGUACGAUGGCUCAGAGAAAGAGAUGGCACCACACGCCAAACCUUAUCUAGACCUCAAGCCAGUUUUCAACAGCACCCAGGAGAUCUCCUACGGUGAGAUCUCUGCAGUCUUUGCGUUUGACGAUAGUUCCGUCGCAUGUCAGAAAGGCAUCCGCACACAGGGCUACUCCCUAAACCUCCAGAAGUAUCAUGUCCCGACUCAGCGCGCUGUAUAUGAUGAAUUCAGCAAAUUCAUAAUCAAGAACCCCGAUUUCAAGCGCAGCUAUGUCAUCUUCGAGGGGUAUCCUCUUCAAGGUGUCCGGGCAAUUGACGCAUCGACUACUGCGGUGGCAGAUCGAGAGAGAAACAUUAUUGCUCUUUUUUCUCUUCUCUAUUCGUCACCCAAGAAUGACAAAAUUGCCACGAAAAUUGGCACAAAAGUCAGGGGCUUGUUGCACAAGGGGACCAGCGAGAGCGACAUGAGUGUUUACAUCGGAUAUGCAAGGGGCACCGAGACUGCCCAACAGGUGUAUGGAAGCGAUGGUGUCCGUUUGGGGAAGCUGAGAGGUUUAAAACAGAAGUAUGACCCCCACGGAAGAUUCAGGUUCUAUGCGCGUAUAGAGUGA